GCUAUAACGCAAUCCCUCCACCCCACGGCGUCACCACGCGCGAAUAUGGGGGUUUCGGAGAGGUCUGCCCGGGGUGAAUCCCGGACGGGAGGCGAGAACGGAGGACGUAGCACAGGGAAAAGUUCGAUUAAAUAGGACGUUGUCGCGACCUUCCUUCUUCAGAAUGUCUGGAGGUAAGCCGUAGUAGUAAUACAAGCUCUAUCUUUCAAAGCUGCUGGUAUUCCCCAUCAUCGCCUGGCGACAUAUAGGCAUUACAAAGGUACCGAUCGAGUUGGCUUAAGCGUGCCGGGCUUGUCAUUUAUUCCGACGAUGUCGCAGCUGCAGCUGGGCGUGCACGGCAUCACGCUGGUGCCGCAGGGCACGGGGUACGGGCUCCUGAUCGGGCUCGGGGUUGCCUUCUGCGCCGUGAUCCUCGUCGCCAUCAAGAUCCAGCGCGCCUACCUGUCCGAGGACUCGGGCACCUCCGAGAUGUUUAUGGUCGCCAACCGCUCCGUCGGCAUCGGGCUUACGGCCUCGGCCGUCUUCUCCUCCUGGAUGUGGAUCAACGAAACCGUCUUUGCAGCCGCCAUGUGUUACCGGUUCGGCCUGGCCGUGCCUCUGUGGUGGGCAACUGGCCUUUGCUUCCAGAUCGCGCUGAUGGCGGCGCUAGGAGUGCUGGCUAAGAUACGAGUGCCUUACGCACACACGUCGCUCGAGAUUAUCAAGAUGCGAUAUGGCAGGGUUGGGCACGUCGUGUUCAUCGUGCUGAACCUGACUAACAACGUGUUCGGGUGCGCGUCUAUGAUCCUUACGGGCUCGCAGCUCAUAUACGGUAUUUCGGGCAUGCAUUUCGUCGCGGCUACUCUUCUGAUUCCCCUUGGCGUGGUGUUGUAUACGGCGGUAGGAGGCCUGAAAGCUACCUUCCUGACGGAUUAUAUCCACACCACCGUCGCUUUGGUCCUCAUCAUGUACUUCACGUUGAAGAUCCUGACCCACGAGGCUGUGGGCGGGCUUGGGGGCUUGUAUGACAAAGUGAUGGCCACGGCUGCCGAGAAUUACAUCCCUGGGAACUUUGAGGGAUCGCUCCUAACUAUGAAGUCUAAAGAUGCUAUUAUCUGGGGUCUGAUCCUCAAGUUCGGCAACUUGGCCCUCGUCGUUAUGGAUACGGCCUUCUGGCAGAAGUCCUUCGCUAGCGAGGUCUCAGCUACCGUCCCCGGCUAUAACCUGGCCGCCAUUGCCAUAUUUGGGAUCCCCUGGGGUCUGGGUACUGUUAUUGGCCUCACUGCGCGAGCCAUUCACAACACCCCUAUUUUCCCAUCGUACCCGGGCCCCUUCACGAGCGCCGAGGUUAACGCCGGGCUCGUGAUGCCGUAUACGGUCAAGGCAUUAAUCGGUGACCAGGGUAUAGUCGCUUUCUUCGUGCUGCUGUUCAUGGCCUUGACGUCAACCGUCAGCUCGUCCAUGAUUGCCGUCAGUUCCAUUCUAUCAUUCGAUGUGUACAAGAACUAUAUCAACCCUAAAGCAAGCGAUAAGCGACUCUUGAGAGUGAGUCAUUUGGCUGUUGUCGGCCAUGCCAUCUUCAUCACGGGUAUCUCUCUGGCUUUGAAUUACGGAGGCGCAGACAUGACCUGGAUCGGAUACUUCCGCCCCAUCCUCUCCUGCCCGGGUAUCAUUCCCUUAGCCUUGACGUUGUGCUGGUCCGGGCAGACGCGUCUCGCCGCCAUUGUAUCUCCGGUCCUGGGCUUCUUCACCGGACUGGCUAUAUGGCUGGGUACGGCUAAAGCUUUGUACGGCACCAUCAACUUACAGACGACUGAAGCUGGGCUGCCGGCAUUAUACGGGGCCUGCGGCUCGCUAUUCACUCCGGCUAUCUACUCGGUUCUGAUCUCGAAAUACAAGCCCUACACGUUCGACUGGAGAGAGUUUCUGCGCAUCGAACUUGCUGACGAGUUCCGUAUCGACCCCGAAAGCGAAUCUUCUUCCGCUGAACAAUCGGACGAGUCGUCGAUCAGCGACGAGAAGAAAUACACUAACCCGAAAGAUAACGAAAAACGUCCCGCACCCCCAGAUCCUGUAUACUUGUCUCGUGAAGCCCAGACGUCCUCGUCGGAAGAAGUGACAAAGGUGUCAUCGCACAGCGCAGACAAACACGCCAGCCGCGACACGGAAAAGAGCCCCCCCAAAGCAACGACGCCGAUCUCGCCACGGAACAGCAGCCCCGGGGCCAUUCCUCUGGACCAGAUCCAGCACCCGUUCAGCGAGGAGACGCUCACGGAGCUGCGGCGAUGGUACCGGAUCGCGUGGGCGUUUUUCGUCUUCGUGGUGCUGGUGACGUUCGUGGCGUGGCCGAUGCCGCUGUACCGCGACUACGUCUUCACGAAGCCGUUCUUCAGCGGCUGGACGGCCGUCGCCAUCGCCUGGCAGUUCUUCUCGUUCCUCGCCGUCGCCGUGUACCCCCUGUACGACGGGCGCCGCGAGAUUGCGAUGGGUGCCAGGGGCGUGUGGAAUGCUGCGAGGCGGCGCUUUGGGAAAUCUGCCUAACCUAGCCUAACAUAGAUAGGAGGUAGUUUCGCGGGAGGCUACCUGACUUGGGAGCAAAAGCUAGGUACCUAAUUAGCUCGGGUGGAUAGAGAGAAUAUUAUAGAUCUUGUCAGUAUCGCUGGAUAAGUCACUCUAGAUUUGAUACACAUUACAUUAGGUAGAGACUUAUUGAUCACCUGUUUCUCAUAUGAGUUUUGUAUGUAAACCUAUAAAACACUUUAUCCG